CACACGAGGCAGGCGUGCUGACGUUUCUCGUUCGAGCCCUUCCUACUUGCCAGAAUGCUGUUCACCCUUGGUUUCCUGCUGCUCGCGGCCUCAGCGACGCUGGCCACAGAUUACAAAAGGUGUCCCGACGGAAGUCUCUGCGUCUCUAGCGGCACGUGCUGCCUGCUACCGGUCGGCCGCUACUCGUGCUGCACCAUGAGCAACGCCGUGUGCUGCUCCGCGCGCAGCAGCUGCUGCCCCGAGCAUUACGUCUGCGACGAGGCGUCCAACCUGUGCGCGCCGGCAUUCGUGGGGCGCAGGCACACCGAGGCCGGGAACGCGACGACGACGACGACCACCGUCGCCGCCUCUGCAACGACGCCAUCCACGCCCACCGUCGGCGACGAGGGGCAGCUCAUGACCAAGUGUCCGGAGGGGGACACGUACUGCUUCCACGACAACAGCACGUGCUGCCGCCAAGAGGCCGGCUCGUACGGCUGCUGUCCCGACAGGGACGCUGUGUGCUGCAGCGACCUGGUCAACUGCUGCCCGCGCGGGUUCGCCUGCAUCCGCGGCACGGGCAACUGCGUCCAGACCACGACCAUCGCGAGGCUGGGCGCCGCCGCCGCCGCCGGAGCACGACGCACGGCGCUUCGCGCCGGUUUGGCGGGCUCGGACAUGACAGAGCCGCUGACUGUGCCGGCCAUGAGGCUCGAGCGGCGGGGUCCCGCGCUGCCUUAGAGCAGCGUGGGCGCGGCUCGUUCGAUGAACCCCGCCGUGUGAUUUCGAGUGGGCGCGCCGUCUCACCCUCCGCUGGGUUCAAGCAUGAGAGAAGGCGCUGUAAAGGGAUUUUGUGAAGUAUAGUGUUGUA